GCUUUCGGUUCUCUUUUGUCUUUUUUUUUUUUUUUUUUUUUAAGGCGCGAGCCGUGUGGCGGUCAGCAGCGCUCGCGCAGCCCAGAACAUCCCACAUAGUCGCGCGACGUCAACAACAAUGGCAAACCGCGGUCUGUUUUGGUGGCUGAAUACCGACUGGAGCUAGACGGCCAGGCUGCCCGUUCGAGUGUUUAGCUUUUCAGCACGAGUCAGUUCGUCUGUGGUUAUCUUUUUUUUUUAUGUAUAUCUAAAAAUUUUUCGGAAGAUGUGCGAGGCGCUGUCGGUGAGCUGCCACAGCCCGUGCAUGUGUAUCCCUGCUGCUCCUGCUCUGCUGCUAACCUAGCUGCUGCUCUCUCGGUGCUUAGCUAACAUUAGCCUGGCCGCCUUUAUCCACUUCAAGUGGGGGGAAGAAGAAGAAGAAGAAAAAAGAAACAAAGGGAAAACGCAUGCGUUUGUAGAGUCGUUACGUUUUUUAACAUUACUUCUUUUAAAAAGUACUUCUAAGCGUCUCUUCGUAUACGGUAAGAAGUGUAUGAUUUGUCGUGGGGAAUACUUUGCUGGCUAGCUAACAGGCUAGCUAUUUGUGUGUAUUCUUCGACUGAGGAAAACGGCGAGUUUUGUCUGAAAAGUAUGGAUGACCAGACCAGGAUGAUGACUGGUCUCACCGGACUCGGUGGACUAUCGCAAGCCGAUGUAGGUGACCCAGACUCUGUCAGGAAGCAGCAGUCCCUCGGUCAGCCUCAGCAAGACAUAGGGGAUAUCCUACAGCAAAUAAUGGCCAUCACCGACGAAAGCCUGGACGAGGCACAGGCCAGAUGCUGGCCAGAGGAAUCACCGGCGCGUUGGGGUGGAUCAGACGACCCCACAGAGGGAGGGAGAGCAGGGGGGGGCAUGGCAGGGGGUGACCUGCCACUCAACUUCCAGCACAGGAAGCAUGCCCUGAACUGCCACAGAAUGAAGCCGGCUCUCUUUAGUGUUCUCUGUGAGAUCAAAGAGAAGACAGUGCUGAGUAUACGAGGUGUGCAGGAAGAGGACCCACCAGAUCCCCAGAUCAUGCGAUUGGACAACAUGCUGUUAGCGGAGGGUGUGUCAGGACCGGAGAAGGGUGGAGGAUCAGCUGCCGCCGCUGCUGCUGCAGCAGCAGCUGGAGGCUCACCCACCGACAGCAGCAUCGAACACUCUGACUACAGAGCCAAGCUCGCUCAGAUCCGCCAGAUAUAUCACUCUGAGCUGGAGAAGUAUGAGCAGGCCUGCAGCGAGUUCACCAACCAUGUAAUGAACCUGCUGAGAGAGCAGUCUCGCACACGGCCCAUCUCUCCCAAAGAGAUCGAGCGCAUGGUGGCCAUCAUCCACCGCAAGUUCAGCUCCAUCCAGAUGCAGCUCAAACAGAGCACCUGCGAGGCCGUCAUGAUCCUGCGCUCACGUUUUCUUGACGCCAGACGUAAGAGGCGCAAUUUCAACAAGCAGGCCACAGAGGUGCUGAACGAGUAUUUCUACUCCCACCUGUCUAAUCCUUACCCCAGCGAGGAAGCCAAGGAGGAACUGGCCAAAAAGUGUGGGAUCACAGUGUCUCAGGUCUCUAAUUGGUUUGGCAACAAGAGAAUACGCUACAAGAAGAACAUUGGUAAGUUCCAGGAGGAAGCGAACCUCUACGCAGUUAAAACAGCGGUGGAUGCUGCCAAUGUGUCUGCGCAGGCUAGCCAGGCUAACUCUCCAGCCACGCCCAACUCAGGUGGAUACCCUGCACCGUGCUACACACCUGACGGGCGGCUAUGAGGAGCUGUCGGGUAGCGGCCUCUACACCCGUCAUCUCCUGGAUGCUAACAGCUGGCAGGACACCGCCACCCCCGCCUCUGUCACCUCCCCUCUCGCCCCCCCUGGCAGCGUCCACUCUGACACCUCUAACUAAUCCGGUGGCUUCCCGUGCCAUCACUCCUCCCUGCUGUGGUCUACCCACACUACCAUCCUCUGCUGUCCACCCCCCCCCCCCCCC